CCAAGAGAUAGAGAGAGUAUAUGAGUGGGAGUGGGAGUGGGAGUGAGAGUGAGAGUGAGAGACUAUUCUCAGUUCCGGGGUCUAGUGUCGAGUGUCGACUAUGGAAGUAGCGUGUCGAGAUAGUGCAUGGGCGAUGACUCUGUGACCAGUGGAAAUGCGCACCAUGUUCCCAUUAUCGUUAGUCGCAAAACAAGAGGCCAACAACUAAGGUUAUUCGGCAUGCCUCUCUCAAACCAAACCUGUCGUGUCGGAAUGCCUCAGUCGAAUGGCGAAAGAGAGUCGACGAGGGUCUGGCCGACGGGGAAAUCCUUGCCCUUUGGCGUUCUCGAGGUCCAGGUACCUUGUAGUUGCUUCCGGCCCCCUCCUGGAUCAGGUCGUGGGUACAGAUACUUUGUCCAGACCCUGAGACCCCUCAUCCCAGCCGCUUCCCUCGACACUUCUUGCCUCUGCAGACGAGGCACAAGGGAAACAUGAGGUGCCAAGGCAAAGUCAGUGCGGAAGUUCAGAGAGUAAUGAGGAUGGAAGGCGCAGAGAAGAGAUACGUGGAAAUUGGUUGGAGGCUUGGCAGAGGGGACAGCAGCGGUCCUCCAGCUGAGCGGAGUGCCCCCCGU